UCGAAGCCGAGGCUGAAUCUGGAGCCCUCCGCCUUCCCCUCAGAAGGGGUUUCUGGCUUGGAAACAAAACGUCCCGCGUGGGCUUCUUUCGCGGAGAGAGACCCCCGCAUUUGGAGGGGGUCGGACUAGAUGACCUCGGGGUGGCCCCUCCGGUUCAGCGCCGCCGGUCGCCCGCCUCAGCGUGGCUCGUUCCCCGCCGCCCCUGCCGCUUGCAGCCUCCCUCCCUCCUUCCCAAGGCGAAAGAGCGGCUAGGUGGCGCUGGGGCAGGAUCGGGGCGUUGACCGGAAGGAGGAGGCGGCUUUUGUUUCGCCGGCCUCCCCCGUCGCGUGAGGGAGAGAGGAAGGAGGGCUGCUCCCGCGGCGCCGGGCCUGGACGGGCGGCGGAAGGAGCAGCAGCAGCAGCAGCAGAGACCGAACUUUCAUCUCCGUUUUUAACAAAGAGCCCGAGUGUCUGAUUGUGGUGUGUCCAGAAUACCAGCAGGACUCAAGUAGGAGUGUAGAGUGCUUAUGAAGUAAACUGAACCGAUUGCCGAUCCCUUCCAUGGAUCCUUUGGGGGCUCCUUCCAAUUUUGUGGAUAUUGAUGGUUUGCAAGGCUGGGCUGAUCUUUAUGUGGCUGAUCAGUUGAACUCUUCAGUUCCAGUAGAAAAGACUCAAGUUGAUGCUUGCUCACCCUUCCCGUAUAGGAAAGACAUCAGUGAAAAAAUAAUAUUAUGGAGGGGGGAUGUGGCACUGCUGAACUGCACAGCCAUAGUGAACACCAGCAAUGAGUCUCUCACGGACAAGAACCCAGUUUCUGGUAUCUGCACCCAUGCGGGACCUGACCUGAGGGCUGAGCUACAGAAGCUCAAAGGCUGCCGGACAGGAGAAGCAAAGCUGACAAAAGGAUUUAAUCUAGCUGCCCGUUUCAUCAUUCACACUGUGGGUCCCAAAUACAAAAGUCGAUACCGGACAGCAGCAGAAAGCUCCCUGUACAGCUGCUAUCGCAACAUUCUGCAACUUGCAAAGGAGCAAGCGAUGUCCUCAGUCGGAUUCUGUGUGAUAAACACGGUGAAACGAGGUUACCCUUUAGUGGAUGCUACCCACAUAGCACUGCGAACCGUCCGGCGAUUUUUAGAGGUUCAUGGGGAAACUCUUGAAAAAGUGGUGUUUGCAGUGUCUGAACUUGAAGAGGAUACUUAUCAGAAGUUGCUGCCUCUGUAUUUCCCAAGGUCUCUAGAAGAGGAGAAAAAGUCCUUGCCUUUCCUUCCUGUUGAUAUUGGCAAUGCUGAAGGGGAGCCAGUCGUGCCAGAGCGUCAGAUCAGAAUUAGUGAAAAGCCAGGUGUUUCUGAGGAUAAUUCUGAUGAGGAAGGCCUGGAAGCAGACUUUUCAUUUAUUGGUUCCCAUGCUUUUGCCCGCAUGGAGGGAGAUGUUGAUAAACAGAGGCGUCUUAUCCUUCAAGGGCAGCUCUCGGAGGCAGCACUACAAAAGCAGCAUCAGAGAAAUUACAAUCGCUGGCUUUGUCGAGCAAGAGCGGAAGACCUGUCUGAUAUUGCGUCCCUUAAAGCUUUAUACCAAACUGGUGUUGAUAACUGUGGUCGUACAGUAAUGGCAGUGGUUGGAAGGAACAUUCCUGUAACUCUAAUAGACAUGGAGAAGGCGCUCUUGUACUUCAUUCAUGUAAUGGACCACAUUGUAAUGAAGGAAUAUGUCAUUGUGUAUUUCCACACGCUCACGAAUAUCUACAAUCACCUAGAUUCCGAUUUCCUAAAAAAACUCUCUGACAUUGUCGAUGCCAAGUACAAAAAAAAUCUGAAGGCCCUGUACUUUGUCCAUCCAACGUUUCGCUCAAAGGUUUCAACGUGGUUUUUCACAACCUUUACGGUCUCGGGACUAAAGGACAAAAUCCACCACGUGGAAAGCCUCCAACAGUUGUUCGCAGCCAUUCCCCCCGAACAAAUUGACUUCCCCCCGUUUGUUCUUGAAUAUGAUACUAGGGAAAAUGGAUCGUAUUAUUCCUAUCCAUCUUCUCCAGACCUCUGACUCUGCAGCUCUGCCCCUUCUGGUUUCCCAACCUCAUGAGAUGCUGCUUGCCAUACAUGCUGAGCUGACGCAGCCUAUUCAGAGAGAUCAGAGAGAGGAGUUUCCUCCCACCUCUGCUAUUUUUUUACAAUGGUAUUUGCAAGGACACGUGCAAUCUAAACUCUCGUCGCAAUGUGCUGUGUAUUUAAGCAUCAGUCCAGUGGAAAAGUUGAUUUAUGAACAUGAGCAUAGAUUCCCCCCCCCAUCUUGAUUUCAAGGGUUUCUCUCCCAUUUUCCCAAGAGAUCUCUAAACCGUGUUUGAAUCUGAUCUCUGCAAAGUUCUCAGCAAUUCCUUCAGUUAUGUGUGUUAGAGUGGCUUGGAGGAAAAGAUACAGUGUUCUAAGGUCUUCUCGCUUUGAGUCCACCUUCAGUGGUGACACAGUUACAGAAUUCCCUGUAGAAAUUUCUGCAAGGCCCUGUUUCAAGCCCUACAGCUAUUACAAAGUUAAGCAUCAUAAAUGCUACUUAGCUAGGAACCUGACGGUCUUGUCUCUCUUUUCUGGCUGAUGUGAGAUGUAAGGAUGCUGCUGCUUUUCCACGAAAUAAUAAACCCGAAGGACAUAUCAGCAGUGUCUCCUGUAGUUCAUGCUACUUGUACACUUGCAUUUGAAAGAACAAGAUGUGUGAACCCUGAUUAUCACCUGGACUACAUAAUCUCCAUUAUGAUGCAGAUUUUUAAUCAUUAGAAGUAAACCAAUGCAACUUUUAUUUUGAAAAUAAA